AUGGUUCUGGUGUUUUUGGUGACAUUGUUGGUGUCGUGCUGUUUUUCGACGACAGCGUUUGUUAGAAACUCUGCGCCAGGUAUUUUGAAAAGAGUUGGGAUAACUCUACUGUAUACUAUAUUUUUCCAGAUGCAAUAGUCGAAUAUGAAGAUCCAGCUUAUGAAAAUGUUGAGAACUUUUUAAGGUAAGUUACCCUAUCUUGAAUUCCACCAAAAAAAAUUCUAAAAAUUCCAGUGAGAAUGAAAAAUCGGACAACUCACAAGUAAACAAAAGAGCUAUGAUGCGAUUUGGUAAACGUGCAAUGAUGAGAUUCGGAAAGAGAGCGAUGAUGAGAUUUGGCUAA